AUGUGGACGACGCCAUUUGUUUUUGUGUGGACAAUACUAAAUAUUAACUAUGCCCAAGGACUGUCCUGUUACCAUUGCAGUAAUAUUGCUGACACCAGGACUUGUAAACAAACGGUUGAUUGUCCUGACGGAAAGGCAUGUCCAGUGAUAACUUCGGUUCCAAUACUAGGACGGAGAGACGGUAGCGGAUUAAAGUCCUACUGCUGUGAUCAAGAUCUAUGCAACGGUGGACAGACGGAAUUGACGACAACAACGAUACAAACACCGGAAGUAUGCAUUGAUAUCAAUACUGCUUUCUGUAGCACCACAUCUGUUCAGGCUUCCAUAUGUUCCGAUCCUGAACUGUCUGUAACCUGGUGCAGAAAAACAUGCGGAAAAUGUCCUACAACAACCACCACCACCAUGGUCCCAUGUGUGGACAAUAACCCGGAUCUCUGCAGUGCCCCUGGAGCAGACCUGGUCUUCUGCUCAGAUCCUGCGCGCGCAGUCAAAUACUGUCAGAAAACGUGUAAUAAGUGCGGUAUCCAUCCUCACCAAAACACCACAGCAACUGUACAUUCAACAACUGCAAAGACCACCACCACAACGCCUACAACCACCACAUCAACUACCACCACCACCACGUCACCACCCUGGCUGUGCGAGGACUACGACGUAGCUCACUGCGCUGAUCCGGAAGUCAAGACGCUGGUGUGUCCUGAUACAAACUUAAAUUAUCUCUGUCGAAAGACGUGCAAGUUAUGUGAGCACUAA